AUCACGCAAGAAUAAAACGGAAGCGAAAACAGACCAGGCCCCUCUCCCUUCCCCCUCUCCUUGCGGCGGCGCGACGGUAGGGGAACUCCAUCGAACACAUGGCCGCCGCCGCCGCCUUCCGCUCGAAGCGCAAGCUCCUACCGUAUCUUCACCGUUUCCUCCAUUCCACCACCACCACAUCCCCCAACCGCUUCCUCCGCCACGCAUCGCCGGUGCCCCGCGCCGCCGACCACUCCCCCUUCCUCCGUCUCCCCGCCGCGCGCGUCUCCACGCUCCCCACUGGCCUGCGCGUCGUCACACAGGCCUGCCCGCCCGCCACCCGCAUGGCCUCCGUCGGCGUCUGGGUCGACGCGGGCAGCCGCUUCGAGCUGCCCGGUACCAACGGCACCGCGCACUUCCUCGAGCACAUGGCCUUCAAGGGCACCGCGCGACGGCCCACAGCACACGCCCUCGAGGUCGAGAUCGAAGACAUGGGCGCGCGCCUCAACGCCUAUACCUCCCGCGAGCAGACUACUUUCUUCGCCGACGUGCAGGGCCGCGACGUGCCCGCCGCGCUCGAUGUUCUCAGUGACAUCCUACAGCACCCGCGCUUCCCGCAGCAGGCCAUCCAGCGCGAGCGUGGCGUCAUCCUCCGCGAGAUGGAGGAGGUGCAAGGAAUGAUGGAGGAGGUGAUAUUUGAUCACUUGCAUGCUGCAGCAUUCCGAGACCAUCCACUGGGGGACACAAUAUUAGGUCCUAAGGAGAACAUUGAAUCGAUCUCGAAGAAAGAUUUGCAGCAGUAUAUUUCAACUCAUUAUACCUGCCCUCGAAUGGUUAUAUCUGCUGCUGGAGCUGUCAACCAUGAUGAGGUUGUUGAUCAAGUCAGAGAAUUGUUUACAGGAUUUUCUACUGAUCCAACUACAGCAGAUCAGCUUGUUGAGGCAAACCCGGCUAUUUUUACUGGCUCAGAGGUUCGCGUGGAAAAUGAGGAGAUGCCUCUAGCUCACCUUGCAAUUGCUUUCAAGGGUUCAUCAUGGACUGACCCUAGCUCAAUUCCUCUUAUGGUGAUCCAAAGCAUAUUAGGAUCUUGGAACAGGAGCAUUGGGGUAGGGAACUGCUCAGGGUCUGCUUUAGCUCGUGGUAUCAGCAAUGGUGGGUUAGCUGAGAGCUUGAUGGCGUUCAACACUAACUACCGUGAUACAGGAUUAUUUGGCAUCUAUACUACUGCUCGGCCUGAUGCACUGUAUGACCUGUCACGGUUAAUAAUGGAAGAAUUUAGAAGACUUGCAUCCAGUGUGUCGGAGACAGAGGUUGCUCGUGCUCGUAAUCAGUUAAAAUCUGCCCUUUUAUUACACAUUGAUGGAUCCACUGCGGUUUCUGAGAAUAAUGGUCGGCAGAUGCUAACUUACGGACGGAUAAUGCCAUUCUUGGAGCUUUUUGCUCGUAUUGAUGCUGUUGACUGCGCUGCGGUAACGGAAACAGCCAAGGAGUUCAUAGUUGAUAAGGAUAUUGCCCUUGCUGCCGUCGGACCGCUCUCUAAUUUGCCAGAGCUCAGUUGGUUUCGCUCACAUACUUGUUCCCAUGACGAAUUUACUGCAAGAAUAUUCUCAAAUAGCUGAAGCUGCAGCUCUUAGAUAGUGUUGUUGUAACAUUAGUUGAGUUCAAGAAACUCUAAAUUGAUAGGUAGCAUCAAGAGCUCAAGUUAUUUGUUAUAGAUAUUUGUUCUUUUGUCAUAUACGCUAUAUUAUUAGAUAUUAAUUGUGCAAAGAACGUCUCCUUGGUGCUAAAGACCACGUUCAUCUU